AUGGAAGCAGACCCGAAGCCUGCCGCGGCGUCGUGGGGCACGGCGCUGCGCGUCGCCCUGGCUCCCGAGCUGCUGGAGGCCGCAGCCCCGCACGACAAGUCGGGCGCCUCGCACUUCGGGGAGCUCCGCCUCAUGCUCGUUGGGAGGGGGCUCGAGGUUCAGGCGAAGCUUUCCAUUGGGCGGGAGGCCGAUCCCAGGAUCAAGGCGCUGGAGCACAAGCAGGUCGAGGUGCUGGCGAAGCGCCUGGUCAUGUUGCAGGAGCGCUGCGGCGGGAGCCUGGGCGAGGGGUUCGCUGACGUGCCCGCCAUUCCGAGCCACGCAGGAGCCCAGCCGGAGCUUCCGUUCGUGGCGGCGGGUGCUCGGCGUCUCCGGGGAGCGUCUGCCUUGCCCUCGCUGGGUGGCCGCCUGGCGGCGGCGAAGGUGCACUCGGUGGCCUCUUCGAUGACUUCCGACGCCCUCGUUCUGCUGGAAGACGUGCUGCGGCUGGGCUUCCGCGCGAUCCGCCGGUGGGCGGUGCUGCUGGACCUCCUGCGCAGGCGGGGCCGGAAGGGCUCGUCCUCCAGGUCCCGCCUCGGCCAGCUGGACCAGGGCGUGCCGGCCUCGUCGGGCCUGUCGGAGCGCGGCACCCUGGUGGCGCCCGACGCGCCGGCCGCGCACAAGCAGGGCGGCCACGAGGGCCUGGUGGCGCGCAGCCACGAGCCCGCGCCGCUCGUCUUGGGGAAGAGCGCCUCCUCCGCCGGCUGGAGCGACAGCACCGCCUGCGCAGAGCAACCUGUCUCAGGCGGUGCGCGCGGCACCGACGAGGACGGGCAGUCGUCCCGCGACCCGCGGGCGCGGAGGGCGAGGCGCAGCCCGCGCGCCACGCCCUCGGAGACGUCGGGCUCGUCGCUGGUGUCCUCGGAGACGGGCUCCUCGGGACUGGCGAUCGCUGCGCAGGGCGCAAACGUCCAGGACGCGCUCAUGAGAACCCUGGAG